AUGUCGCCAAGGCUCAAGCCGCUGCUUCUCCCGCAGUUGGUAGAGGAGCGCCGUAAGUGGGAGGUGCAAGUUAGCCCCGAGACCGACCUCUCCUACGUCUACUACACAACAAACUCGUCCUCCUCCGAUAUUACUUCGCCAAUCACCCCGACUUUCUCCCCUGGAAAGGGUCACUUCCGAAUGUCGAGCUCGACUUCUUCUCUUGAUCUUCCACCGCAAUUGAACGAGACUCCUUCGCCCACACAAUCGGUCCACACAAAACCCCCAAUGCGGUCAUUGCCCGAUGUUCAAGAAGAGCCUUUGGAACCUGAACACAACACCGUCACAGACAACACAGAGAACAACAACCGUGAUAGUCUUGCCCCUUCGGACCAGUUUAGUCUCUAUGACUGUUUGUGUAUGUCUUGUCCGCCUGGCCAGGCUGUCGUAUCUUCCGGGAAAUCGUGCUUGGCCUGCCGUCUUCGUCUUGGUGAUCGUGGAGUUACUAACCCAUACCCUUCCCGUGUAGGCGACAACCUGUGCGAGCCCCGAAAUAGUUCCGAAGAUGUCAUGUUCCAUGGAAACAUUGUUCGCGAUUACGAUAUCGACUACGACAUGGAUUUCUUGAGUGACGGUGACACCCCCAUGGACGAGCGAUCCCGCAAGAAGCGAUCCGGUAGCGAGUCACCCUUUGCUGGACUAACGUCACGAAUUGGUGCCCGUUUCCCUAGUCUCACGCGCUGGAACCCCAACACCCGCAGGGGCAACCCGAUGCUCUCACCUAGCACCGAACUCAGCUUGGAGAGCGUUGUGCUAUCUGGAGGCCCUUCAAGUCGAUCGUCGUCCAUGUCUGCACCCAGCCGACCUGGACAGGAGCGCAUGUUGGAAAACACUGGACUUCCCACCCCGGCAGUAUCCUACUAUGGCAGCACUGAGAGCAUCAACUUGCCUGCGCCUAUCGACAUAGAGAAGGCGCAGGCUCUUGUUGAGCAAGCUGACCUUGAGCGAGAACGAGGACUGGCCACCACCCCUCUACUGCCUCCUUUGAUGACCAGCCCAUUGAGCGGCCCACCGCCUGAGUCACCUCUGCAAUCGCCGACCAUUGCACCACCCUCUUCGACUACCGAAGUACCGUCACCGGUCCCUUCUGCGACACAGUUCCCUAGACCCUCUCUGAGCACGAAGCCUUCAGUGUCGUCCUUCCGAUUUGGUUCCAACAGUCCUGAGGUUCCGAUCCCUCUCCCUUCGAUCCUGCAGGAGCACGAUGAGUGGUCGGAUCGCCUUGGUCAUGCCAACUUCACCAUCACACCGCAGCCUUAUCAACCCGAGACUGUGAACAUGGAGGCCCUUCAACAGUUGCGUAACGAUUGGGACACAGCACGAUGUAACUACACCAAGCACUUGGUGCGCACGGGUGAGAACUACGGCGAAACCAGCAAGAUCUACGGCCUUACUGAGGCCAAAUGGGCCGAUAUCGAGAAGCGAUGGAGGUCAACCCACGAUGGACUCAUGUCGGAGAUUGUGCAAGCUACCAGCUCUGCUCCUGGUUCGACAAGCGCCUCACGAAGCCGCAGCCGUGGCCGCGGACGAUCACGGGCCAAUAGCGGUGGCUCCAUCCUUGGUCGACCACCUCCUAUGGACGAUGUCUUUGCGGGUAUGCAAUGGAAACGCCUGGAGGAUGGACUUCCCAGCGCAAUUCCCCGACUGGUGGGUGCGGAUGGCAAGUUCCCCUCCCGAGGCGACGAAGACAUUGUAGGACCCAUGCAACGAGACGAGGUGAUGCUACGGACGCACAGCGAAGAGCGCAAGGGAGCACGAUUCUGGAAGAACCUCGCAGGCAAAGUCGGCCUACGAAAAUAA